CAUCACUUGUCUAUGCUAAUGACAGAUGUUAAUUGAUGUUAUCAUCUUUUAAAUAUAUAAUAAAACAAUAGAAUGGGAGCAAUUUUUAGCAGUGGUAUUUUGGCUUCUCAGGCGGCUUGUUGCUGCGGAAGCGCGGCCUGCAAUCUGUGCUGCACGGCGUGUCCGCCUUGUAAAAGUUCGACGUCGACUCGUAUCAUGUACGCAGUGUACCUACUGGCCAGUAUCGUCGUAGCGUGCAUCAUGCUAAGCCCCGGGGUCGAGCAUUCACUCCAAAAGUUACCCUGGCUAUGCUCUAACCAUUUCAACAUCGACUGCAAGAAAGUAGUGGGAUACUUGGCGGUGUACAGGGUCUGCUUCGCCCUAACCUUGUUUUUCGUGUUCUUUUGUCUCAUCAUGUUCAACGUCAAAACCUCCAGGGACUUUAGAUCCAGCAUACAAAAUGGAUUUUGGGGUGUCAAACUGUUAUUAUUGAUUGGCAUAAUGGUUGGAGCCUUUUACAUUCCCGGGAACGAAUUUGGCAGAAUUUGGAUGGUGUUUGGCAUGAUAGGAGGAUUUCUAUUCAUCCUGAUCCAACUCAUAUUGAUUAUCGACUUCGCUCAUGGGUGGGCCGAGAACUGGGUUACCAAGAUGGAAGAAGGCACCAACUCUAAAUCUUGGUACAUUGCUCUCCUACUUUCAACACUGGGUAACUACCUUCUUUCCCUAGCGUGCGUCGUUCUCUUCUUUAUAUAUUAUGGAAACAAUGGCUGCCAACUUCAUCAAUUCUUCAUCAGUUUUAACCUCAUCCUGUGCAUCAUUUUUUCUGUGAUUUCAAUACUGCCAAAGAUACAAGAAGUUCAACCCAGGUCCGGUUUGCUGCAAUCGUCCGUUAUAACCCUUUACGUAAUGUACCUGACUUGGUCAGCCAUGUCCAACGAACCAGACCAAAAAUGUAAUCCAAAUAUAGCAUCCAUAUUGAAUAUCAAGGAUUUUUCGCCCAAAACUAACGCCGGAACCAGGUUCGACGCGCAGAGCAUUGUCAGUUUGAUCAUCUGGUUUCUGGCCGUAUUGUAUUCCAGCUUAAGAACUGCCACCACUAGCCAAAUGGGAAGAAUCACUUUAAGAUCUGACACUGCCACUGAAGAUCCUGCCCCACCAGUCGAUUACGAGGAUAACCGAUCUAAAGGGCAGAAAGUGUGGGACAACGAAGAAACCGACGUUGCCUAUAGCUAUUCAUUUUUUCACUUUAUGUUUGCCCUGGCCUCCCUGUAUAUUAUGAUGACCCUUACCAAUUGGUAUAGCCCCCAAGAAACCGAUAUCACCAAGUUGACAACGAAUACUGCUUCAGUUUGGAUUAAAAUAUCUUCUAGCUGGGUAUGCAUAUUUUUAUACCUUUGGACUCUCACAGCCCCGAUGAUAUUUACCGAUCGAGAAUUUUAAGACCAUUAUCCUAGGCCUAAAUUAUAAAAAGAUUUAUUUCAUAAAAAAAAAUGUCUUGUAUUUUAUAUAUAUGUGGAAAAUUGAAUUUUAUAUUUUACAAAAAUCUCCUUUUAGUUUAUUUUAAACAAAUAUUUAUUUUUUAAAGAAUAUUUUUUGUUUUCUCGUCUUUAUAAAUUUUAUUUUAUUUUUUUAACAUUUAUUAAAUGUAUUAUUUUUUAGAAAUAUUUCUAUAAAU